GGCGCGCGAGAAAAGGCCCGGUCGCGCUGAGGCUCGAGCGGCCGUCGCCAUUUUGCAGGGUUCUCUCUGACGCGGGAGCCGCCGCCGCCGCCACCCGGAGGCUCUUGUCAGGAUGGUGAAGCUGUUCAUUGGAAACCUGCCCCGGGAGGCCACAGAGCAGGAGAUCCGCUCACUCUUCGAGCAGUAUGGGAAGGUGCUGGAGUGUGACAUCAUUAAGAACUACGGCUUUGUGCACAUAGAGGACAAGACGGCGGCCGAGGAUGCCAUACGCAACCUGCACCACUACAAGCUGCACGGGGUGAACAUCAACGUGGAAGCCAGCAAGAAUAAGAGCAAAGCUUCAACCAAGUUGCAUGUAGGCAACAUCAGUCCUACUUGUACCAACCAAGAGCUUCGGGCCAAGUUUGAGGAGUAUGGUCCAGUCAUUGAAUGUGACAUCGUGAAAGAUUAUGCCUUUGUACACAUGGAGCGGGCAGAGGAUGCAGUGGAGGCCAUCAGGGGCCUUGACAACACAGAGUUUCAAGGCAAACGAAUGCACGUGCAGUUGUCCACCAGCCGGCUUCGGACUGCCCCUGGGAUGGGAGACCAGAGUGGCUGCUAUCGGUGUGGGAAAGAGGGGCACUGGUCCAAAGAGUGUCCGGUAGAUCGUACGGGUCGUGUGGCGGACUUUACCGAGCAGUAUAACGAACAGUAUGGAGCAGUGCGCACACCUUACACCAUGGGCUACGGGGAAUCCAUGUAUUACAACGACGCGUAUGGAGCGCUCGACUACUAUAAGCGUUACCGAGUCCGUUCUUAUGAGGCAGUGGCAGCAGCAGCAGCAGCUUCCGCGUACAACUACGCAGAGCAGACCAUGUCCCAUCUGCCUCAAGUCCAGAGCACAGCUGUGACCAGUCACCUCAACUCCACUUCUGUUGAUCCCUACGACAGACACCUGUUGCCAAACUCAGGCGCUGCUGCCACCUCAGCUGCUAUGGCUGCUGCCGCUGCCACCACUUCCUCCUAUUAUGGAAGGGACAGGAGCCCCCUGCGUCGUGCUGCAGCUGUGCUCCCCGCAGUUGGAGAGGGCUACGGCUAUGGGCCAGAGAGUGAGCUGUCUCAGGCUUCAGCCGCUGCACGGAAUUCUCUGUAUGACAUGGCCCGGUAUGAGCGGGAGCAGUAUGUGGACCGAGCACGGUACUCAGCCUUUUAAAAACUGGAGCCAUUGGUGUCUGGAGUUCCCAUCAUCAGUGGAAGAAUUAGAGAAUUUAGGAUUUCUUCUUUUGAUUUGGUAAGGGAGAUUUGGUCAAUUAAAGGAACUACUGGAAUUAUGGCUCUAAAUCUGUGACAGUAUGAUACGCAGAUAAUGUUGGAGGAUGAAUGAACCACUCCUUGAUACCCUUUGUGAUUGUCAUUUCUGAAAAUUUGUUCACUAUGAAAGAUUAAAAAUGAGACAAAUUUAGAAGAGUGCAGUUGGCCAUAUUUGAGACCUUGGCAUCUUCUGAUUUUUCCGGAUAAAUUAUGGUUCUUGAUAAUAUCUGUAUGCCCUUUGUUGCAGCGACAGUAGCCUUGUAUCACAGAAGUAGUCUUGCCUAAAAGAUUGGUAAGAAAGUGAGAAAGAUAGGUUUAUCACCAACACAGCAGUCUUCCAGAUAGACUGCUUCUUGUUCUAUAUAUAGCUAAAAGUAAACUCCUAUAUAUAGCCAUAGUAGACUCCUAGGUAAUUAUAUGAGUUGUAAGUUUGAUCCGGUCUGACUUGGUUUUGUUUUGUUCUGUUCUUUUUUUUCCCCCCUGGAAUACAGGACGGGACCAGGGCCCUUGUACUCGGAGCCAAGCUGCUCUCCAGGCAUUGUGUAAGCCUCUUGUGUUGUGCUCUCUUUCAGGUAGGAUAAUUGCGGACUGAACCCUCGGGCUGCGGUCAUAUAUGAGAACUUGCUCCGCGCGGUCCCCUUUGCCGGGAUGUUUCCAUUGCUUCAUGUUUCAGUAAACAAAGGAGUUUGUGACCAACUAUGUUUUCUUUCUUAAUUUAAUUCUUCUAAGUUGACUUUUCUUUCCUCCUGAUACUAGUCUCUGUAGCCUUUCACUCUAUUCCUUAUGUUCUCAGCCUCUGAGCAGCCCUAGGUAAGGAUUAUGCUGGCAUCCCCUUUUUCCUGUACAGUGGAAUCCCUCUUAUCUUGCUUUCCUUAGGAGUUGAACCCUUCUCCCUGUCUACCUGCAACAUCUCCUUUCCCUUUAAAAUGACCAUGUAGUGGCAAGCAGCCUUUUACUCUUCUCUGUUAGCUCUGGACUCUAACGUUGAAGCUAAUCUUCUGAAAUUGCUAGGACCAUUGGGGUUUUGGUUGUUGUUGUUUUGUUUGUUUUGUUUUGUUUUUUUAUGUCUGACCUGUGAUCAUGGUACAGCAUUGGCUGAAAUUUAGCCUUGUUUUACUCCACUUCUCCCCCCUUUUUUUUUUUUAAUAUUUUGACAAAUAAACGUU